AUGAAGCUGCAGCGGCACCGAGGAGCGAAGGGCGAAACUCUCCAGUUUUAGCCGUAAUUAUGAUCUCAAUCCUGGAUAUCUCCACCUCUUCGAUCACGUUCACUUUAGUUUUUAUGUAAUUUCAUUUGUUUUUUUAAAAAUUAUUAUUAUAACUUUAGGUUUUUGGGAGCAUGUUUUUAAUUUUGCGGGACUUGCAGAGGUGCCAGAGGGAGUGAGUUUUGGGCACUAUGCGCCGCUGGGAACUGAUUCGCCCCAGGAAGGCUUAUGGAAUAUUAUAGCCCGGUUUUCCACAGCCUGCAUGCCUUCUGGUCCAGCCCCGUGAAAAAGAAACUUCUCCUGCUCAGCAUCAUGUUUGUAGUCUGGGUGUACAUGCUCUACUCUUGCGUGGGCUACUGCUCCACGGUGCCCGGUCUGGUGAUGGUGCACACCCCCCGGGGAAAGGAGACCGCUCCAGCAACGGGCAGGAGGUCGGACCUGGUGUCCAGACUGCUGGCCAAGCCGCAGCCCUGGGAGGACGUGGAGAGCGACUACGAGGAGCCGCCCAUCAGGACCGCGGCGUCCAGAGACCUGCUGGACGCGGACAGGGACCGAGACAGAGUUCCGGAUCCAAGCGCCAUGUCCAGCUUCUCCAACGGCUCCGGGAGCAAGAAGCUACCCCAGGCAAUCAUCAUCGGUGUGAAGAAAGGAGGCACCAGGGCUCUGCUGGAGUUCCUGCGGGUGCACCCGGACAUCAGGGCCGUGGGAGCGGAGCCGCACUUCUUUGACCGCAACUACGAGAACGGACUGGAGUGGUACAGGGAUCUGAUGCCAAAAACCCUGGAGGGCCAGAUCACCAUGGAGAAAACACCCAGCUACUUCGUGACAAGAGAGGCUCCGGCGAGGAUAUCGGCCAUGUCCAGGGACACCAAACUGAUCGUGGUAGUGAGGGACCCUGUCACCAGAGCUAUCUCUGACUACACACAGACUCUGUCUAAGAAGCCUGAUAUUCCCUCUUUUGAGAGUCUCACCUUCAAAAACAGGACUACGGGGCUCAUUGACACCUCAUGGAGCGCCAUCCAGAUCGGCAUCUACGCCAAGCACCUGGACAACUGGCUGCAGUACUUCCCCAUGGACCAGAUCCUCUUUGUGAGCGGCGAGCGUCUGAUCAGCGACCCGGCCGGAGAGCUGGGCCGUGUGCAGGACUUCUUAGGCCUCAAGAGGAUCAUCACAGACAAACACUUUUACUUUAACCAGACCAAGGGAUUCCCGUGCCUCAAGAAGGCAGAGGGCAGCAGCAAGCCUCAUUGCCUGGGAAAAACCAAAGGGAGAACCCAUCCAAACAUUAAUCCUGAGGUGGUGCAGAGGCUACGGGACUUCUACAAGCCCUUUAACAUGAAGUUCUACCAGAUGACGGGACAUAACUUUGGUUGGGAUUGAAGUCUGAGUCAAGAAAGACUUUCUUUUUUUGUUAUUUUCUUAUAGUUUUUCUAUGGAAUUCUUUGGCAAAAAGUGGAGAUAUUGCUAUAUAUAUGUAAAAUGUACAGAAAUCUAUUUUAUAAUAAUUUAUUUUUAUUUCUAAGCAAUGAAUUCACUUAGCUGCCUAACCAGAUUUGUACAGAACAUCUGACCCACAUGUUGCUUUCAACAUUCCUCAUAUUAGGUUUGAUUUCUCUGGCUCAACACCUGUAGUCCUGUAAUUUUUCGGUGCUACACAAUGUAGAUGACAGUAACGACUGUAACAACUGUGGACAAAACAGUUUGAAAUUAACUAAAAAAGUAGAGAUGCACCAAUCAAUCCACCAGAGAUCAGAAUUGGCCAAUCGAUUCCCUUGAUCUGUGAUCAGCAGGUUAAAUACUAAAUACAUCAAAAUUAAUUUUUUACUAAACACAUCCACACUAAGAGCUCCCACUGUUUUAGGUCUCUAAAUGCAUCAACUAACUGCCUGUAUUUUAAUGCAGUUUUUUUUAUUUUAUUUAUUUAUUGAGAAUCGAUGAGAGACAUCUCGUUUUACGCAUGAAAGGGGAUAAUCUUAUUUCUUCAUUUUCUGUUGAAUUUAAAACUGCUACCUCCUAUCAAAGAAUCUGCAGCCGUUUUCCCCUUUUAUGCUUUAUAACCCUUGAAAGAAGAAUCUAAUUCAGUUAAAAUUGGAAUCGGUAGGCCUGAUCUCAAUAAAUAACAAACAUCAGAAUUGGACAGGAAAAUCCUGAUCAGUGCAUCUCUAUAUAAAAGCACCAUAUUACGGGUACAACAUGCUCCUAGAGAAGUGGAGAGCUCCUAUUUAUGUGCAUUUUUAGUUAUAGUUGUGGUACAACUUUAUCCUGUCACAUUGUGUUUCAGUUCAUUUAUACAAACUGGUUUUCAUGCACUGGCAUUGGCCUGAGCAGCAGAACUCAUGUCUUGUUCCAACCAGUAAUUGGCUGAUCAAUAGGCCUAAUUGAUUCUCAUUGUGUUGUGUUGUGGGUCACUCUGAGUGACCCAUCCAUCAAACGGUAAAUCCCAUUUUGGACCACAAAAGAGCCGAUGGUAACAUUAUGCCUAUUGGCUACAGGUAACUGGCAGAUUGAUCGGGGCCCCUUCUCUGCGUUCUAACUCCCCCACUGGCUCAGAGCAAAGCUCCUGCCCUAUACACUGAGACCAUGCAAAGUCUCAAUCAAAUUUCCUUCAGAGACAUUUGAUUUGUUGAGGUAAGGGAAGCGGGUCAGAGGGAGUGUGUGUGUGUGCCUUCUUUUCAUUGUGAGAUGGAAAACCUUUGCACGAGACGCAGAUGCUUAUCUGCAGAAGAUCUAGUGUAAAGAUGGAAGAGAUGAGAAACACAAACUUAAAAUGGCAUUUAAGCGAGGCAUAUGAAGACUUCUUGUUCAAACAGAAGUCCAUGACACCCAUCUUUGAUUGAACACUGACCAGUUCAAAGGAACUGGAAGAAUUUUUUUUUGUGAAGCAUUCAUGCCACAACAGGAACUGUCCUAUGCUGAGUUUCAUUGUCUAACCUCUGGUGUCUUCACAAAAUCUCAUGUGCAUUCAUGCAUUGCCUACAUUUUCUUGCAAAAGUAUUCAUACCAACUUUUUCACAUUUUGUCUCAUUACAAACUCAAACUUCAGCACAUUUUAUUGGAAAGACCAACCCGAGGUAGAAAAUAAUUGUAAAGUUAAAAGAAAACAAUAUAUGAUUUCCCAAAGUUUUACAAAUUAAAAUUUUUGAAGUUUGACAUGAAUUUGUAUCCAGCCCCCCUGAGUGAAAAUUUUGUAAAACCGCCUGCAGGUUUAGCUACAAAGUAUUUGGUGUAUGUGCCUACUAGCUUUGAUCCUGCAACCAUCAUGUUUCAGUGUGGUUAUGAUCAGUUUGGGGUUAUGUGCAGUGUUAUAUCUCAGCACGUAGGUCAAAACUAUCAGGCAUAUCAGAUUAAAACUGGCUCUAUACAAAUGCACUGCAUGCUUUUCAGAUAUUUUGUAAAAGAAAAAUAAAAUUAAACUUAUUUUCCUUCCAAUUCACUACUAUUUCCUACUGUUGGUCUCGGCACUAUAUAUACUUAAUGCCUAAUCUGCAUCAUCUAAAUCUUUCACCAACACAUCUUAAAUCUCAGCUUGUUGCCAAAAAAUCUUUUAAGUUGCUGUUUAGUUUCACACAAUUCACUCACUAUCUGCAUUUUAUUUUCGUCUGCAUCACCAUUUUCGUUUUUUUUAUGUUGUCUUCUACUUGAAUUCUCGAUAUGCAAGAUUGUGAGGGUGUUAAGCUAUCAGUCUUUGACAUGAUGUUUCUGCAGUGGGGGGAACACUACUAUUUCGGCACAGAGUGGCAUUCAUGUUAUUGUGUGCAAAACUAUGCUAUGCAUGCCCAGUGUAGUACCCGUUUUGUAAAUGCAAGAAUUAUAGGAAGGGAUUGUCAGCAUCCAGAGAAAGGUUUAUGUGUUUACAUAGAGCUCAGGCUGAAUGUACACAAGCUAUGCUCAAAUUAACUUUAAAGGUAAUAUUGUUGCUCCACAGCCCAGUUUGAAACAUGUUGUGCCUCUCUAACCAACACAAUUAGCCUACUCCAUUUAUUCAUACAAAUGGUCACUAAACUGGGUUUUUUCCCUGUUUUUCAGUUGAUACCAGUCACUUUAAAUCAAUGGCUGGUAGCAGAAGAAAUGUUCUUUUUCUUAUGCUUUCUUUUGCUUUUACUCUGAAUUAGUGAUGGUGGUCCAAGUGAGAAUUCGCCUUCAUUAGUGCAAUGUUUGAGCAUUUAUUGAUGAUUUCUCCUAUCAAACCAUCCUGUUCUGGAAAGCACCCAGACACUUUCUUUAACACUUAAAGGAGUACUGCAGUUACAUUCUGGGGCAGAAAACCAUUGCAGUCAUAGAUGACCUCCAUUUUGCUGCAUUGGUUAUGGUUGAGUUUUAUUCAACCUGUUUUGAGAUCUAAAACUGUUUUAAAAUGCUUCUCAUCUGCUUUUGGUAUGAUUUUGACUAGCACAUCUGUAUGUACAAAAAAGGAAAAAUAAAUUAAAUUCGAGUAUUUUGUUGUAUGUACAUCAAAGGAAUUAAUUUUACACAAGGAAAGAGCAAAAUCGGACAGAUGUUUCUAGAUGAAUCAAUAAUGAACAUUCAUCAUAUUUCUUUUCAUGAAGAAAUAAAGAAUAUAUUUUACCAAA